GUUGAAAGAGCUGUGGCUCGUGUGUUAAUGAUCGCUUUUCAUGAGUUUCUAGCGCAGAGGGUUUCUCGAGUUUCGCAUUCUACCAACCACUUCGUCUACAUUAGAUCAAAUCCUGUCGAAAGAAUAGAAUUUAGUGUUGUACUUUGACAAACAAAGGCCACCAAGAAAUUUUAACGGCACACGAAAUACUCUUUUGUGUCCGGUAUAGCAAAGAAGCCUUAAUUGAAAAAAGUGAAUACCCUUGAGAAAAGAGAACUUGGCUCGUAUUUUGUAAUUUGUUAUCGUGUUAUCGCAUCAAGAGUAACAAUGCCCUCAAGAUCGUAAUUAUCAUAUUUGCAAGCGGUAAAUCAUUUCAUUUAAGUAGCCAAGACUUCCUGAGUCCGGCAAGGUUUGGGCUGUAUUUCCAAUGAAGACAAAACUAGGCAUUUUACUUGGGCAUAAAAUACUACUAAAUUUCGUGUUUGGCGUGGGUAUCGUUAAGAUCUGAGAACAAAAGAAUGUAAUUAUGUUAUGGAAAUGAGAAGCGAACCAGACGUUUUAAAGGCUUCACUAUGCAGAUUAGCGGUGUUAAAUGUUAUGAAGCGGGCGACGUGAAUAGUAUCAGUAGAACAAGCUGAAAUAUGGCAGAAAUGACAAGCAGUGAACAAGUACACUUGGAAGAAAGUGGGACCCUUUGCGAUACAGAGACGACACUUAGACGGCAAAAUACACUGAACAAAAUAGGCAAAAGCUUCUCUAUUCACAUGGAAGAUGACGAGAAUGAAAACGUGUUUGUGAAGAUUUCAGAAGCCUGCAAAUGUGAAGCGGCGAAACAGAGCAGUUCGCUGUUAGAAGUCGCUGAAGGACUAUGCAACAGACAGUCGCCUGGAUCACAGCGCAGGGGCAAGAUCUUUAAAAAACUUGCUCCCGAAGUCGAAAAGCAAGUUUUUAAUGAAAUGCAGCAGGAUCUAUGUAAAAAUAUGUGGCAAGAGGCCAGACUACGAGUAUUCGGUACACCGAGUUCGGAGGCUGGUGGUGACACCGCAGCGAUAUCAAGCUCGACUGACACAGAUCAAGUGUGAAAACGGGAUGGAAAAAUCACAUUUGAACGGUUCCAUUGAAAGAUAACUGAAGUAAGACACUGCCGGCUAAAAUUACCUUUGCACUUUGUAAAGAUGCAGUUUUCUGAAAACCAAAAUAGGCAGAAGUGAACAGAGCUGUAAGUUGCGUGUGAAAUAACAAAAUAGUUACAUAAGCAGGGUCGAGAAGGCAGAUGUUCCUCGGUUUACAUUUAAAAAAAAUCAUCAUUUUUAUGGCUCAAAAAACAUCCUAGCAAAAAAAAUUUUCGUAAUUUUAAAAUCAUCACAGCUAUAUCGGAUAUGAAAGAGAUAUGAAAAGGAAAAAGAAUCAAAACAAACCCAUUAGAGGUCGACAUGUUUUUCCUGCUUAGUCUCAACGAAAACAAGCUAAACCACGCCAACUUCCUUCUAGAAAAAUUUUGGACGUAAUCAAUGCAAUGAAGCUCACAAACGGUACAAAUGUUUGAAUUAACCACGUCAAAUGGGUUUUAGUUUAUAUUUUGUAUUCAAACGUCUCUGCGACUUCGUGCCAAUCAGGAAAUCUUCAGUAACCGUGACAUUAUAAUUAGUCAACAUUAUUUUUCUAAUAAAAAUCAGUAAAUUAUGUUGAUUUCAUCUUUUUGUUUUCAAUCCAACAAAACGAAAGGAAAAUGUUCCUGUACCACAAUAAUUUGUUGGAUUUUGUUGCACUGAAGAAUCGUUACGAGGAGGAAGUUUUAUUUUUCUUCCCAAAAUUUUUACUGUGGUAGCUUGACCUUGACAGAGUAUGGCGAUUCGAACAACGUAAAAGCAAACAGAAAUAUAAAGUGCUUAACUUUACAUGCACAGCGGUCAAGUUACUGUGAAAACAAAUUAGUUGGCGGUUUUAAUUUCAUUGUAAUCAUUCAUUCAUGAAAAAAAAUCUUCCAGUUGCCCAAAAUAAGCUAACGAUUGAUAUUCUAUUAUUUGCUCAAUAAAUAAAGCGAUUUGAAUCAAA